GAGUCGCUUCCUGAAGCCGCGUGUCCCGCUCGGUGCCCCCAGCAGCAUCUCCCAGGGUAGCCGAGUCCUGAUCCUCUAACCGAUAUGGUGGUGCUGUGGCAAGGGACUGGAUGCUGCUCGUCUCUGUAGAUGAGGGGGUGUGUAGUGAAAGCGUUGUGCUCUCGCUGUGCUAUAUGGGGAAGGGUCCCAGUAUGGAAGCAGCUGAGUCCAGCUGGUCUAGGAGAAGUUUAAAAGACACUGUCAGGGGAUCUUAAGUUUAUACCCCUCGGCAUAGGCGUGUUUGUGGGCUCCCUGGAUCAUUUAGUGUUCUCUGCUCUUUAUCCACAGUGAAACCUGAUUUUUCUCUAAUAGGAAAGUCAAGGCAGCAUCUUUGUGGGGUGCGUACAGUAGGCAGCCUGCCAAGAGCAACAGAUAAAUCCUCAGUUGAAUUUCCAUGUGGUCUUUAUGUUAGCGUUGCUCAUUCUCAGCCCUGAUCGUUCAUCUUGCGUUUGAAUACCUAUCCUGCAUUGUGUUCACUUCUCCGGCAGCCCAUGAGCAGCAGGUUCUUCUCCUUCAGAGGCCAGUGAGUGAUGUCAGACCAGGAUGAUGGGGAUGCAGGAAAGGAAGGGGCCUUCUCGGCCGAGCACCUGGCCGCUGAGUCCAUGGCAGCUGACAUGGACCCCUGGCUGGUGUUUGAUGCCCGAAAGACCCCCCGGGCUGAGUUUGAGGAGUGGCUGCAGACCUAUCAGCCCUCACGGGUGUCUCGCUUUGGAGAUCCUGAGCACCGCACUGAGCCUGUGGGCUGGAUUGCCAUCUAUGGCCCAAAUUACUGCCCAGAGUCAGGUGACGUGGUGGGGCUGCAGGAGGCUUGGGAGCGGCUUCAGAUCAGUGGGCGCCAUGUCACCUUCAACACUAUCCGUGAGCUGGCACUCAACCACCGUGUCCUCACUGGCAAGUGGUUGAUGCACCUGGACACUGGCUUCAAAGUGGACCAUGCCUGGAGUGGCAUCGCCCGCUCAGUGCUGGAGGGGCGCUUUGGGGUGGCCAAGGUCAGCCCCUGCUAUCCUAGCUCGGACCGCAAGCAUGUCAUCUGCAUCUACACAGAUGAUUUCACUGACGAGGAGAAAGUGAUGGAUGCGGAUGCUGCCAUCCGGGGAACCGGCGUCAAGUGCCUGCUCUCUUACAAGCCUGAUGUCUAUACCUAUCUAGGCAUCUACCGGGACAAUCGCUGGCACCUCUGCCCCACCAUCUAUGAGAGCAAGUUCGACUUAGAGUGCAUCCCCCGCCGCUCCCGUAUCAUCAACAAAGUCAGCAACACUGAGGUGACUUAGCUGGGGAGAGGGGCGCAGUCUGGCAGUUCCCCCUUUCCCCUCUCCAAUAUGGGCAUCUGGCACCAAUGCCUCCCAACUGUGCUUUGAAACUGGUUUCCUCUGGUUUGUUGGAGGUGGCCUGCACUUGAUGUACAUAGACGUGAGAGUCAUUUGAAGGCCUCACACAGACUACAAGCCCAGCAUGUAAUGUUCCAUGCUUCUGUAAUAGUCUUCCUCUUCAAAGGGCAGAGGCUCUGCUAGAAUCUGCAGCUGGCUGAGAUGUCAAACAGCAGGGAGGAGCAUUGGCCGCUGGGAGAUGUUGUGUCUGCUGGUCAUGCUUCUUAAAGAUGACAGGUGACUAUCUUGCAGUAUUCUCGGCCACAUUUGGUACACUCCAGCACAAGCAAGGCUUGUAUUAACAUGGUCCUCUCUCAGUUUCCCUGGAAAGACCCCUCUGCUCUUUUGAGCUGCAGUCACUCGGAUAGAAGACCGUGGAAGUUGUUGCAACCAGUUGAUACUGUCUCUUUAUAUUCCCAAAGCCCAUGGGGUUUGCUGCUGUCCCUUUGGCAAGCUUAACUCCAUUGUGCUACCGUAUAGCUGAGAGCUAGGGCUGUGAGUUCAACUCUGUGCUACCACCUUCCGGUUCUGCUUGUAUGUUGUAAAGUGUCACAGGUCCCAGCAGCUUGUCUCUUAGGAAAGCCUAAUCUGAUGGAGCUCACUUAGUAGAGGCCAUGUGCCUAAGCUCUGCUUAUAAGGCAGCAGCUGGCUGAUGUUAUUGAGAGGGUUGUUGGAAACUGGUUCUCCAGCCAUUGCAGCCCUUGGUGGACAGAGCUGCCACAUGAAAGAAGCCACAGUCGAGUCUAUGCAGGGCCCAUUAAGGUUUCUCAUGAUCACAGAAACAGGACCAUGCUGCUUGGAAAACAGGAGGCGCAGGUGUUCCAUUGACACUCUAUGUAGGCCCUUCACUGAGCCUCUUCCCUGUAGAACUCUCAGAACAUAGUCUGUGUACACCUGUACACACCCUGGAAAAGGGCUGUGCAAUGAGUCCCCUCAAUAGUGCUGUUUAUUAAAUGUCCUAAAGGAGGGUUUAACAGUCAAGGGGGGGGGGUAGAUACAGCCUGGGAGCCCCCCUACCUGAUCUAAGAGUUAGUGCCCAGCUCUAUGUAAAAGUUGUCUUUAAAAUGCCUCUCCUGUGGUCUUGAUCAUAUUGAAUCCUGACCCACUCUGGUGGGGAAGGGGAAGCAGGAAGGAUCUUCUCUGAACUCUCAGGACUCUUGGUGAUGAGGAUGGAGCAAAGGGCUGCUGGAGGGUUUGGGUCUUCCUUGCUGAAUAUUUUUCUCCCAGCUGCCCAAUGGGUGUUUGAGGUGUAAACAGGCUUAAUAAAACCCCAUUCAGUGGACAAUUGUUUUUAUUUCCUGGGGUGAGACCACAAUGCCCUGGUGGGGCAGACCCAAUGCCAGUUGGAGGCCCAAAGCACUGUUAGCAUCUCCCCUUCUGUGCAAAAGGGGUGGGGGGAGACAUGUCCUACAUUGCUGCAAGUAGCUGUCCUAUGGGGGUGCUGAGCAAUAAGGAUGGUGAAAAAGUGCCUUACCUUCACCCUGGUGUACUUGAAAGCUUUUCUCACAUAGCCCUGUCCUCUCAUUUGAUGCCUGGCAUUAAGGCAGCCUAGAGCAGACAUCUCUGCCCAGAAUUGUAGAGAGACUCAAAUAGCUGGGAGUGCCUGCAGGGCUGCACAGGGGAGGGAAAGCAGUGCAUGGAGUACCUAGGGGUCGCCAGAGGCAUGUAGAUUAGGCUACCCCCC